CUCCAAUCAACCAAUCAUAUUACAAUUACAAAGUUGUUCGGAAUAAUUUUAUCAGUUUUGUUGUUUUCAAAAUGGCAACUGCAAAUAUUGACCAAGAAAUGGAACUUCCCCUAAAUCAAAACGAAGAGCUGCUUGGCAUUACACCUUCUCGUCGGUCGCCCCAUGGUGGGGUUUCUAGGAAACGUAAAGCUGAUAGGAGUAGUUGGAAACAAAGUGUAAGAAAAAUCCAACGUCAGUCGGGUAAAGCUUAUAAAAAUACGAAAGGAGAACAAAUGCCAAAAAGAUCUAUUGUUGCACUAAAAAGUUGCAGAAAUUGUAAAUUUAAAUGUUCUACCAAUAUAUCUGAGAUUGAGCGUCAAAUAAUAUUUGAUAACUUUUGGACCUUAGAUGAUGACGGAAAAAAACAUUUCUAUUCUAAAACUACUGAAAAUCUGGAGAAAAAACGCUGUCGGACAGCUGCUGGUGACAAUUCAAGAAGAAAAACAUCUUAUUAUUAUAGCUUUUUUGUUUCUAAUACACAAUAUAGAGUUUGUAAAUCAUAUUAUCUUUCAACAUUGAAUAUUAGCAGCCAUAGAGUGUUUUACUUUCAUAAGUUUAAUAAAUCUUUAACUACUGGAACACCAUUGCAAUCAAAAUCAGGGAAACAUGUUAAAAAAAGGUUACUAGAAGAGUCUAAACAAGUUGUUCGAGACCAUAUUAACCUUUUCCCAAGAAUUGAUGCUCAUUAUAGCAGGAAAAAGACACAUAAAGAAUACAUGGAAGGAUCACUAAAUAUAGGUAGAAUGUAUGAUCUUUAUAAAAUAUAUUGUGAUGAAAAUGUCUCUCCUCCAGCAAAAGAACAUAUGUAUCGUUAUAUAUUUAAUCACGAGUUCAAUAUAGAAUUUCAAAAACCGAAGAAAGAUUUAAGUGACACAUGCUAUGAGUAUCGCAACAUUGUUAAUGCAAGCAAUGAACAAACAGAUAGUUAUAAUAAGCACAUAAAAUCAAGGAAUGAUACCAAAACUGAACGUGAAAAUGAUCGCCAAAAUGUUGAUUCUAAAACUGCAAUUGUUUGUAUUGACCUUGAAAAUGUUUUAAAUUUGCCUAGAGCUAAUGUGGGAAACUUUUAUUACAAACGAAAACUUUCAAAUUAUAACUUAACUGGUCAUUGCUCGCUUAACAGGAAGGGUUAUUGCAUCCUUUGGCACAAAGCCAUGACUGGUCGUGGAGGAAAUGAUCUAGCCAGUGCUGUAACAUGUUUGCUUUUGAAAAUCAUGGCUGACCUUGACAUAAAUAAGUUCAUACUUUGGUUCGAUUCAUGUGUACCACAAAACCGCAAUAGUUUCAUGUCAGCAGCUUUGUGUGAAUUUAUAAUACGAUACCCACAAAUAAAAGUAAUUGAACAGAAGUUCUGCGAGCCAGGUUUCAUUCCAGCAUUCAAGAAUGUUAAAAAUCUUGUUUAUCAAAACGGACUGCCAUACCAUGUUUUUUUUAAAACCUCGUUUUCAGAUAAUUAUUCACAAGCUCGUAUAAAUAAGUCUGUCAAGAAAGCAGCAUCAACCAUUGUUGCAAAACCAUUAAAUACCAAUAUACCAAUGGCAGCUUGCUUUCGUGCUUCUUAUCAGUCUAUAUCUGUUGCAAAAGCCAAUGAUAUCAUUUCCAUGUAUAUAUGUUCAUACAUGCCUGCUCCAAAUUUUCCGUUUUAA